UGUGUCUGACCUGCACCAAUACACGAUCACCGGAUCGCCUCGUCCAACUCCCGUAGUGCAUUUCUUUCAGUCUUUAUAGGUUAUUCACGACAUACCGGCGCGUGUCAUCCGAUCAUGUCUAAAGACACGGAGGCCAACAGCGAGGAGAUUAUGGAGUCAAAGGUGCUCUGGUACCCGGACUCUAAACGGAACACACAGAUGGACCGAUUCCGGACUCUAGUGAACCGGGACUUCGGGUUGAAUCUGGCUAACUAUAAUGACCUGUAUCAGUGGUCCGUGGACAGUUAUCCGGAGUUCUGGGCGCAGGUUUGGACAUUCUGUGGCAUCGCCUGCUCCAAGAUGUAUGAGGAGGUGGUUGAUGUUUCUAAAAGGAUAUCAGAUGCACCUGAGUGGUUUAAAGGCAGCAGACUGAAUUAUGCAGAGAACCUUCUCAAACACAAAGACCAGGACAAAGUGGCUCUCUAUGCUGCAACUGAGGCGAAUGAGGAGAUCGUCAAGGUGACUUUCGGAGAGCUGAGGCGUGAUGUCGCCCUCUUCGCUGCCGCCAUGAGGAAGAUGGGCAUCAAAACUGGAGACAGGGUCGUAGGAUAUCUGCCCAAUGGGAUUCAUGCUGUUGAGGCCAUGCUCGCUGCAGCCAGUAUAGGUGCCAUCUGGAGUUCAACCUCUCCAGAUUUUGGUGUCAAUGGAGUACUGGACAGAAUUUCUCAGAUCCAGCCCAAGUUGAUAUUCUCAGUAGCAGCUGUUGUGUAUAACGGCAAGCAGCACGACCAUAUGGAGAAACUCCAGAACGUUGUUAAAGGUCUCCCUGACCUGAAGAAGGUUGUGGUCAUUCCAUACGUUCGCUCUCGACAAGAAACCGACCUCUCCAAGAUUCCCAACAGUGUGUUCCUGGAGGACUUCUUGGCCACGGGGAAAGAAGGGGAUCAGGACCCUCAGCUGGAGUUUGAGCAGCUUCCCUUCUCUCAUCCUCUCUUCAUCAUGUACUCCUCUGGCACCACAGGAGCUCCCAAGUGCAUGGUGCACUCUGCUGGGGGCACUCUCAUCCAACAUCUUAAAGAACACAUUCUCCAUGGCAACAUGACCUACAAUGAUGUCAUCAUAUAUUACACUACGGCGGGCUGGAUGAUGUGGAACUGGCUUAUGUCCUCUUUAGCCGUUGGGGCUUCUGUGGUCCUGUACGACGGCUCUCCUCUUAUUCCCAGUGCCAAUGUGCUCUGGGACCUCGUAGACCGUUUGGGAAUCACGAUUUUUGGGACUGGAGCAAAAUGGCUGUCUGUUUUGGAGGAGAGAAAUCUGAAACCAGCAAACACACACAACCUGCAGACACUUCACACACUCCUGUCUACAGGAUCUCCACUGAAGCCCCAGAGCUACGAGUAUGUGUACAGCUGUAUUAAGAACAAUGUGCUGCUGGGAUCCAUAUCAGGUGGCACAGACAUCAUUUCAUGCUUCAUGGGCCAGAACAUGACGGUGCCCGUUUACAGAGGAGAAAUUCAGGCCCGAAAUCUGGGCAUGGCUGUGGAGUCCUGGAGCUGUGAAGGUAAGCCAGUUUGGGGAGAGAGUGGCGAACUGGUGUGUUUGAAGCCCAUCCCGUGCCAGCCCACUCAUUUCUGGAAUGACGAGAAUGGCAGCAAAUACCACAAAGCCUAUUUUUCCACCUUCCCAGGAUUCUGGGCCCAUGGCGAUUACUGUAAGAUAAAUCCAAAAACGGGAGGAGUCGUCAUGCUGGGGAGAAGUGAUGGAACUUUAAAUCCUAAUGGUGUUCGGUUUGGGAGCUCCGAAAUUUAUAACAUUGUGGAAGCCUUCGAGGAAGUGUCCGACAGUCUUUGUGUCCCUCAGUACAACAGUGACGGAGAAGAGAGGGUGAUUCUGUUCUUAAAGAUGGGACCCAAUAAGACCUUCAGUCAAGAGCUGGUGGGGAAGAUCCGCAGGGCUAUCAGAGUAGCUCUCUCUGCCCGACAUGUCCCAGCAUUGAUCCUGGAAACCAAAGACAUCCCGUACACUAUUAGCGGAAAGAAGGUUGAAGUUGCAGUAAAGCAGGUGGUCGCGGGUAAGGACGUCACACAGCGAGGGGCCUUCUCAAACCCAGACUCUUUGGACCUCUACAAGAACCUGCCUGAACUCCAAAACUUCUGAACAACAACUCCUGAAGGUCCAGUGCUUCUGUCUUUGAAGGGUUCGGAUUCUCUGGACACUGUUGGAAAGUCUGAAGGAAUUUAUAGAGCUUUCAAACAUCGAAGCUUUUCUGCACGUUGUGGCUCCUACUCAAACUCAGCUACCCACUGGUCCCGAUGGAGUGAGUCCAUACACACCAUACUUCCUCAAAAGUGUAACUGGGUUCCUCUUGGGUAGAAAGUUGAGAGUGCCAUUUUAUGAAAUUCCAACUUGGAUCUUAAAGGGACAUUUUAUCUGCUUCUGUCAUUGCGUCCACCAAGCGUUAUUCCCAAGAGAUGUACCAAACUCACAAACAAUUCCCAAAUCUGAUAUCUUAAUAUACCCGAUAUGUCGGUCCCAUAUUUUACCUCUCGUAUUUUGAUACAAUGUCACUUUAACCUUAAUGAAGGUGUGGGGAAAUCUGACCAUGUAUGUUUUGAGGCUUUAAAAUGACACUGUUUAUGCUCAUAUAUCUAUAUGAGUCAUAUACAAUGAUAUGUUACUGAAUGUUAUGG